AUGGGGUCCACGGGAGGUUGCAAGACCGGUAACUUCAACGGGCGCAUGGACAGCUGGCAGAAGAGGAGCAAGACUAAAGCGAGAGUCGCGAAGAAGCAGGCUGGCACGUUGCAGGCGCACAAGGCCCGUGUGAAGCGCCAGAGCGGUGUGCGUACUAAGAAGCACCAGAAGCGCGUGGAGCACGCCAAGAAGAUGGCCGCCAAGGCCGUGGAGGAGCCUGCUGACGCCAUGCAGGAGUAG